GAGGAGAUUAGUGGAGUGUCGAGGCGCCUCCACGACGCAGAGAUAACCACGGCCACCCAUGAGGUCCGCCUCAAUAACAUGGAACAAGAGCUAAGUGACAUGCGGCGUGAACAGGUCCAGACUCAGAGACGCAUGGCGGCAAUGGAAAACCGCAGAAGGUGUAAAAAUGUCAAGAUAAGGGGCAUACCAGAGCAGAUUGGCACAGUCGAAAUCCCUCACCUAGUCAGGAGACUACUCACACACCUCUUCUCAGCCAAGCAGGCCAAACUGAUGGCCCUGGAUGGAUGCUACAGACUCCCAGCGCCUCCACCAUGCUCCACCGAGAUGAACAGGGAUGUCAUCGUCUGA